UUUUUUCCUUGCAGCUCCGCGCGCCUUCCUGAUGUGGCCAUGAAAUAGUCAAAGUGGAGCCCAGAUGUCGGAGAUGUCCUGAGACACAACGAGUCUCUUAUCAGCUGCUAUUUUUGGCCAUGGAUGAACUGUUUUUCUCGUGCCUAUUUCAUAAGUUCCUCCAGUGACCUCCAUAUUCUUCCAUGGCUGAGAUGCAGACUGACGACCUGGUGCCUUCUUCAGACAUGGAGGCCUGGAGCAGACAUCAAGUAAGAGAAUGGGCUCUUAAUCUUGGAGUCGACCAGAAUUCAGUGGACAUACUCUUUAAUCAGGACAUUACAGGACCAAGCCUUAAGCAUCUGGAUACUACAGACUUGACCCAAAUGGGUGUGAAAUUUGGACCAGCCAAACUCAUCAUUGUUGCAAAAAAUGAAAUUGUAAAAGCCAAAGCAAAACAAUGCACUCCUUAUCCGUUUGGCAAAUAUGCUGCAGCUCAUUGGUACAUUGAGGGCGACAUUCUCAUUGUAGCUGAAUCUGGUGCAUCAGACCUUAUCGAGCCAUGUCAUGAAUUCAAAGCAUUUAUAAACACAACAAAAAUGGACAAAUUUGUAGAUGAGGUUAUCCGCUUUGGAGCUUCCUGUAUGAACAGUCACACUAAUGGCACAAUACAUUUUGGCAUAAUGGACCAACCACAUGGUAAAAUACAGGGUGUUCUAGUAGACAGCAAAGAAAAAGAACAUUAUGAUCAAAAACUCAGGUUUUCCAUCAGUAAGCGUUUUGCUUACGAGCACAAAGACGUAGCUCAACAAUGCAUCAAACCUCCUCGAUUUGUGGAAGUCCUCAACAGGAAUUUGACCACAACAGGCAAGUUUGUGAUAGAGGUUGAUAUAGUGCCUUAUAAUACAAUCUGUAAAAACGAAGUCUUCCACACUUACAAUGCUAUCACUAAAGAAAAACAGCUCUUUGUGCGAGAAGGUGGCAGCUGCAGAAACUUCCUAGCUCCAACAACGUUUGACAAAAAAAUGAAAGAUUGCCAGAGAUUUGUCUCCAAUGUGGAUGACUUGACAGAACGCAGAAAGAAAUCGGAAGAAAAGCAACUGUGUGCGGUAAAAAGACGCAUGCAAGGCUCUAAGCUGUGUCAGAUGAUCACUGGGGGAACUGGCUCCUUGGACAGGUCAUACUACACACACUACAUUAUAGUGACCAAUAACUCUCACCCCACUCAGUUAGACUCAAUGAGGUUCCUUAUUCAUCUCAGACCAGCAAUCGUCUUUGACUUUGGACAAAAGUCAGCUCAAAAUGGUCUCUAUAAGCACAUACAAAAAUAUUCUAGAGUAAUUGCUGUCCCAGAAGAGUGUAAAUGCUCCAUGUCAGCAAAGAACAUUUCUCUGCACGUCAUCCGCUGGCUGUUUCACUCAGGAAAAUUUAGACAGUCUCGCAUACAGGUCUGGUUCCGUAGGUGCACAGCGUUUCAAUCUGUAAAUACAUUCUUAUAUCAGAACGAUGUUUUUCAGAACAAGUGUCUUUUUGUUUUUCUAAUUUUGUCUGAAGUUGAUCAAAUGGAUCCUCUUGUGGAGACCUUCUGUACAUUUUAUCAGCAGCUGAAAGGUAAACAGCAGAUCCUUUGUAUUUGUGACAAUGAGAAUGCAUUUACCUUGUGGAAAAACUUGAUAGACGCUCGCUGUGGAGUGGACAUCUCAAAUAGAUGCAUCUAUGAGCUCAGCUUUGCAGAGGUCAAUGGCACCAUCCUGAGCCUUCAGUCAAAGAACCGCAGGAAGAGCCGAUUCCUCCCGGGAGCUGGAGGGGGCAGAGUGCUUCUGAAGAAGAAAGUGGAGCACCAGCUCACUACACUGGAUGUUGUUUGUGUGAAUCAGUGUGAAGGAGGAAAUGAAGACCAAGUCUCCAUCGAGCAGAACUUCUACAGAGAGGGAGACAUGUCCUGGUGGAACUUCUAUUUCUCAGAGCAGCCUGGCUCCAUGCCAUUUAUUAAAAGGGACAAAUUUGUUUACAUAGUUGACACACUCAUCCCAGACUUGUGCUCCUUGAGAAAAGCCUGUGUCCUCUUGAACCUCCUCCAUGUACCUGGAUGUGGUGGCACCACUCUGGCCAAAUACACUCUGUGGACUUUCCGAGAAAAGUUUCGCAGUGCUGUGCUUAUUGACAACGACGCAGACCCAGUUACAGUGGCAGAACACGUGGUCACCCUCCUGCAGUGUGGCUGUAAAGAGCAAGAACCCCCAGUGCCUGUGUUGUUGAUGAUAGAUGAUUUCGAAGACAUGGAGAAGGUCUUCAACUUACAACAGCUCAUUGAGAAACAGUGUUUGAGCAGCAGUGUCCAGUCCAGGUCUCCACAGGUGAUCCUCCUCAACUGCAUGAGGUCAGAGCACAUUUCUGGUCCCACUGAUCCAACUGAAGACACUGUAUUCAUUGAACAGAGUAUAUUUGAGGAUCAACAAGCUAAAGACAAUAUAUUUCUACUUCUAUUUUUACUUUGCUUUUUCAUCUUUUUUGUCUGCCUGAUCUUAACUCCCCAGCCAUGUGUUAGACACCAUGUGCCACUAUUUGAACGCUGUCCAAUAUCUUAUGACAGAUUCAUUGACAAUAUAGUAUGCAAUCCGUGA